AUGUUGACCUCUAGCAUUCACAAUAUUAAUAAUAUUAUUAUUAGCCCCUGCCGCUGUUGUGCAGUUGCCCCCAUGAAACCUCAACAGCGUAGACCACCGUUUUCUUCUUGUUUAAUGUGGAGGCGGUGGUUGCUCAUGUUGACUGGCUUUUAUUUACUUUUUGCGAUGCUUAUCAGUUCUGUGUGGCCCGUGGACAUGAGCACGCCGUCGUACGCGUCCGUAGUGAGCCAGAGUUAUGGUGGGUGGGGCAUUCCUGUCGCGGAGGCGGCUGGUGUAAAUGCCACAUUAGGAACCACCACAGUCACCUUCACUGGUUGGAGUGCGACCGAAGUGAAGAUGAACAAAACAGGCAUAUUUCCCGCCACCGUUGCACUGGGGCGUUAUUUAGUCAUCUUUGGCGGAUCUGCCAUCGUCCCGCCUUACAUCCCAACGUCAGUGUUUUUGAGUCAAUAUGCUCUUCCAACCAUUAACGUGUUGGACAUGACUACAGGAAAACUUGUGUUGCCAUUGAUGCUUGUACACGGUGUGCCAGCUGCGGCAAGUCAUAAGGUGCGAAGACACCGUGAUCCCCCUCCGGCACCUCCUAAAACUGUUUUUCGUGUUCCCGCGAAACUGACAUUUCCUGCUGUUGGGACGAAAAAUACCGUUCAACUUGGCCUGGCGGCGUACAUCGUAGGGUUUUGCACAAUGAUCCCCAGAAAUGUGAUUGUAGAAGACGAUGAUGAAUUUCAUGCGUUUCUCCGAUCCGUACAAGAAGUGCGGCUGUAUCAGGAAGAGUUUCCUCCCGUAGAUGAUGUUACAAUGGAUAUACGGAACAAAAGCCUCCCAGAGGAUGCGAUGUUGCGUUUCAAUGCCAGUUGUGUCGGAAGUGGUGAGGAUAUCAUCUACAUUGUGGGUGGUAUUUCCCUUGAGAAGAUGGCCCCAUUGGCUUCUGUCUCCCAGUACAACGUCGUAACAGGAAAAUUUAUUGAAGCCGGGCUGCUUCUUGAUGAUCCUCUUGUUGCCCCUGGUGUCUUUGAGGGUAGCAGUCUUGUGUUUAUUGCCGGUGGUUACCGAGAAACCAAGGAACGUGGACUUCUUAUCAGCCGCAUGCUGACAGUCAUUGACCCUUCGCUGGUCAAGACUAACAUUGGAACAUAUGGCCAUCCAUGGCAGCUCAACUGGCUCUCACCACAAAUUAUGAUGUAUAAUCACACACUGGCCGUGAUGGGUGCCACGAAUGAUCGUUCUUUUGACCAACAGGAGGUAUGGCCUGAUCUAAUGAGUCUCUAUGGUGCUGUGGAAACUGUGCCCAUUCGAUUUCCACCACUACGCAGUAAUGCCGCUGUGUUUUCCGUGACGACCGUGGAUGGAGUGACUGUUUACCUUGUUGGUGGGCAAAUCCCACCGCCAGAUGGAACAGGUAUUUCGUUUGACAUCUUUACAGGAAAAAUGCUUGUGGACGAUGGGCAUGUGGUGGUGAGCAUCAUCGGAUUUCACUACAUUUCUCUUGUGGAGGACGUCCUAGAGGAGGUGGAAGAAGCGGCAAUGGAAAUGCAUCCCACGGGGAAAUGGACAGACAUGAAGGGUGAAGCCACAUCUCUCCAUGGGUUCAAGGCACACGUACGAGAAGAAGACGAAGAAGCAGAAAUAGAAGAGGAACAAGGAGAAAAGGAGGUGGUGAAUUUGCAUUCACCUAUGCAGGAGGAUUUUCAAGGUGGGAGCACACAUUCUCUUUUUUCUUCAGAUAAUACGCCAACCGUUAGUCCGUCUAUAACACCAACGCCGCCACUGCCACCUCCGCCAGCUCCGCCUACCCCACCUCCCAAAGACUUGCCAAAUAAUGAUGGACAUUUCACAGUAUUAGUGAAUGGUUAUGAGCCCCUAUGGUACAAUUUCACGUUUAACAUUCUUCUCUCUGAGAGCCUGGCACAAGCCUGCCCCGGUAUCGUCAAUUCUAGUAAACAUGUGGCAAAUACUGAUCUUGAUCAAGUAUCUUCGUGCCUUUUACGUCUCUCUGAUUCGCCCACAUGUAAUUCAGUUCUUCUGGAUAUUGGUAACCUGUCCCAUGUCAACACACAGCCAUACGUGGUGGAUAUUGUUGAUCCCGUUACCAAUAACAUUUCAAAGAAAAAAACAAUGGCAGUGGGUCCUAUUACUCUUGUAGGAUCCCUGGCAGAUGGUAUUCUUAACCUCACUGGAAAUGGAACACCGUAUGGUCAUCCUCAUGAUUCCUUCUUUUUUGAGGAUAGUUAUUAUCAUCAUCGUCGUCCCCCUCGUUCGCAGCCAAAGUACGAUAAUGAUACCACGAAAGUAUAUUAUGAACAAGUUUUUUUGUAUGUCUGCUUCUCAAGUGGUGCCUUUGUUCUCCCUCAGUGCAAGAGUGGUGUAAAGGAGACACGUUGGGAUGAAUCAAAGGCUGGAAGGAAACCUUGUACAACCGCCUUUUACAAGGCGUUGAAUGCUGAACGCCCUUUUGUUCUUUCACCGGUCAUGAAGUGGGUACCUUCCACAACGACGACGAUGGCUCCUUCCCCUUCGCCAGAUAAUAAAUUGUCAUAUGGUACUAUUGCCACAUUAGUAUUGUUUACUCUUAUUGUCACGAUACUUGUAUCAAUUGGACUGUUCUACAUUGUGCGGUGUUGCAGAUGGAGGAAAUUUGAAAAGGGGGAAAGACAACAUUUACUUUUAAGCAAUGAUGAGGAUGGGGGUGAUGAGAAUCGUGGGGUUGGUCGUGGUGCUGCCCUUCCUGCGCAUCAGAAGCAAAGUCUUCUGGAUGGCAAGUACAAAGUGCUGCAUCGUCUUGGACGGGGGAGUUUCUCUGUGGUAUACCUCGUGGAACGUGUUGUAGAUGGUCAACGUUUUGCGCUGAAGUACGUCCAGUGUGCCGAUGACGUGGAUCGACAAGAGGCUAUGCGCGAGUGUGAAGUUGCCUACACAUUGCAAGGGCACCCAAAUGUAAUUCGGUUGGUAGACAUGUUUAUGUCGUAUCGUUUUGAUACAAAUCUGCACGCCGGUGGGGCCCGCCAACAGCAACAUUCUGAGCAUCAAUUGGGUUCACCGAGUGGGUCCGUCAUGAUAUGUGUGGAUGAGGGCAGUGACAUUUAUCCGGUCCCUCCUCAACGUGGGGCGGUGGCAGCGGCGACGUCAGGGGAGCGGUAUCUGUCUCUUGUCAUGGCAUACCACGAGAAGGGGGAUCUUGGGAAGUGGAUUCGACAGCAAAAAUCAGAGCCAAUGAUUCCAGAAACGACCAUCAUGAGUAUUGCUUUUCAGAUUCUAACGGUGAUGCAGUUUAUGCACCCACAUGAUCCUCCCAUCGUCCAUCGCGAUUUGAAACCUGAAAACAUCCUUCUUGA